AUGAGCAAUAUAUUAAGAGAAUGGCUCAUACACCAAUUAGGUGUAGAGGUUAAUUCUCUACAACCUAAUAAUUUAAGUUCUAAAUUUCAAAAUGGAAUGCUAAUUGGAAAAAUACUUCAGAACUAUGACAUAAUGAGUUCAAAAGAUUUUUCUCUAUUAGUCGAUCAAGAAGACGAAGAGACAAAAAAAUCAAAUUUUCGGCACCUCAAAAUGUGGUUGAACAUGUUACAUAUUCCAUUAGACAACGAUACCGUUACUGGAAUAAUAUCUGGAGAAAGUUCAGUCAUUUUUGCAUUUUUAUAUAAAUUGUGUUUUCUCCUCGAGAGUCCAAACAAUUUAAAUAUAAUCGGACACGCCAAGAAGUUACGUAAAUCGCUCGGAAAUUAUGACUUCUCGCAUAGAUUAUUUACGCCUGGAAGAAUUGUCAAUUUUCCAUACAAUAAACAACAAUUAAAUCAGAAAAGUAUUGAUACUAAAACCAAUAAAAACCUUAGUACGCUGUAUGAGAAUGAUAAGAUGGCUUAUUUUGAGUGUAGUUUAUCAAGUAAAAUAAAUAGAUGGACUGCCAGAGGACACGAAUCUUGUAAUAGAUAUUUAUUUGACAUUAAAACACGGAAAGAACACGUAAAAAUAUAUGAAUUGUGGAGAAAAGAGACCACUAAUGAAUAUCUGAAAAAAGAUUUGGAAAAUAACAUUCGUCAUAACCAAGACGUUUUGAGGAACAAAUCUAUAUUAAAUAGGCUUGAUUGUAUGUCUGAUUGCGAAGAACAAUUAUUAAAUAAAAUCAAUGAUUCAAGAAUCGUUACAAAAAAACGUAAGACAUUUUUCGUUAAAAAUAAUGUGGAAUUAAUUCAAAACAAUAUAAUUCACAAAAAACAUGAUUUAAGUGAAAAAAACAAAUUAAACUUGAAAACAAAGCUCACAGAAAGAAAUAAUGAUUUAGAGAAAAAAACGGAGACGAUAAUAAUGAAAAGUGUAGUUCGAGAUUUGUUCGAUGUUAGUAUUAGAAGGGCUGCUUACAUUAAAACAUAUGAUGAUAAUAUUCCUAAAUAUUUAUGGAAUAAUUGGAUGAACAUGUUUAUAAAAGGAAGGCCGCUAUUAAACACACUAGAUGAUACACUUGGGCUUUUAUUAGACACCGAUUAUGUGACUGAGAAUAAACCUUUUUCUGAUGAAGAGAUAGAAACCCAGUCUAUACUUGAUCAUUUAGAGAUUAUGGAUUAUUUAGAAAGAAAGAACGGUUGGUCUGAAAAGAAAAAACUCGUGGGUUUGAAAUCUUACUCUCACACAUCAACAGUUUGUCGAGCUCUUGGUUUCUUGGUCUACGAUGUUUUUACUUUGUACUAUGCACUACCACCUUCACCGAUUUCUAUAGAUGAUUUUAUGCUCGGGCCAGUCUUUGGGGUUUUAAGUUGUAAAAUCAAGGAUUCUUUAAAACAAGACAUUUGUAAUGCACUUAUUAAACGGAAUAUACUACCUGUGUUACCAACAGCAGCUUUGCAGUAUUGUUCGAGAGCUUAUUGUCAGAUAACAGACAACGAUGAAUUAAUAGAAACAUUAGAAGAUUCAGAGGAUUCAGACGAUCAAGACGAACCAGAAGAUCCAGAGGAAAAUAUCAUUAUUGACACUAUAUUAACCCAAGAGAAUCCAACGAUACUAAAUGGAGUAGAAACAUCAAAACAAACACAAACAAGUUGGAACAUGGAAAAAUUUCAAGAAUUGGUAGAAUGUGGAGAAACUGCAUUCCUUCAUAUUUACACGGGCAAACCUCUUCCAAAACAUUGCCUUAUUGACUGUGUACUGUAUUAUAUAAAAGCAAAACAACUUUCUGGAGGUUGUGUAUUUAUAGAAUUUUCAAAAGAAGAUAUAAAAACACUAGAAGAAAGGUUGUCUAACAGGAAUUCUCCACCUUUUGGAGCACACAGGUUUAUGAAAGACAUAAAACCAACAAUUUUGGCUCCAUUUAAAGGGCCAGAUUUAGUUGGUAUAGGACGAUAUGGGACCUCAUUUACUAGAUAUUUAAAAAUUGUAUCUGAUGAAUAUGAUUUGGAUAAAUUUAGUGAUUUACAUGAGUAUUAUAAAUCACAUAAUACAUUAACAUUAUUACAAACUAAAAAUAAAAAUGUAGAUUUGGAUAACUAUAAGAUUGAAUUAAUAUGUGAUGUUUUAAAUGGUCAAAACGUGAACUGGUCUAACGAGAAUGAUUGGGUGAAUUGUAUUUAUGAUAUGCACAAAGACCAAGAAAAUUAUGAAGAGGCAAAAAAUUCGAGUAAAUUAAGUUUACAGCCAAUAAAAGUAACAAAAAGUACGUUUAAAAGAAAAAGAUUGCAUGGAAAAUCAGAAUUUGAAUAUUUGGAUUAUAUAUCAUCUAGUAAAGUAAACAUGAUUACAAAUGAAUUACUUGACACUAAAGGUGAUAUAACUAGGCCCGAAGAAGUUAAAUCAAAAUUGUUUAAUGUGCAAAUCAGUGCUGACAUUGGAGUAGUAUUAGUACAGUUUUGGAUAUCAAUGGAAAAAAAUUUUAUUCAGAACAUGAAAUGGUGUUUUUUUAAUAGAAGAAUACUUAUUUCUAACCAAAUGCCUUAUAUGUCUUCAAUUAACAACUAUAUUAAUGAAAUACUAAGACAACAAAAUAUAGAAAAAAUAGAACUCGUUAAAGCAUUACAAUCUGAUUUGUUAAAAAUACCGAAUGAUGCACUAAUGAUGCCUGAUUUGAUUAGACAAUUGAUUUCAACUGUGGCAGAUACUAGAGUUAUCUUAACACAAUUGACAAAUCAGAAAAUAAAAGAUUGUAAACAAUUUAUAAGAAAUGAAAACAUUGAUAAAAGGCUGGAUAAUACAAUGAAUUCGAUGAUUCUAGUUUAUAAGAAUAUGUUACAAGCCGAGGUUGAUCGGACAGUGAAUACAAUACUUUUCAUUCAUUCAUACAUGUCUAAAGUAUACAAUAAAAAGUUAACUGCAUCAGUAAUUCCAAACCAUAUUGGAGUUACAUUAUCGAAAGAGCAAGAAUUUAAAGCAAAGGGGGCUGAACAAGUUGCAAGUGUUGAAUAUUAUUUUAAAUGGUUUGAUGCCACUCUAAUCAUGGUUAAUAAUAAGCUCAGAGCUACAUUAAAACUCACAUAUGAAUGGUUAGCAGAAAUGAAAAAAAUCCAUAGUGCAAAUCCAUUAGAAAGCAGUUCUGUGUAUUUGAAAAUAUGGAAAUUUUUGAUAGAUAAGGAGAAUUUUAGAUCAGCUGAUCAAUUAAAAUUGAUAUCAAAUAGAUUCUAUGAGGAUAUUAAGGAAAUGGAAAGUUAUAUCGUUCAGUAUCAAUUAGAUAUGAAUCGAAGAAUAGAUGAUUGUUUACAAAAAGAGCUUUUUGGAAUUGAUUGUAUAUGUAAUUUAUUUGAAGCUGCUAUUAAUGAGAAACAAUAUGUUCGGCAUGAAAUUAUAUUUUUCGACAAUAUUUUUUAUUUGAAUGCUGACAAUGUUCUGCAGCCAAGUAACCCUCCACCCCAUCCCUUUCCUUUAUUAGAACCUGAAGAUCAGUGUAUUGUAACUAUUCAUAAUCUAAAGAAAAUUACAAAUCAAUUAGUGACAAUUUGUCCAAAUAGACGUAUUUCUUUGGUUGCACUUUCCAGUUUGCUAAAAACAUACUUAAAACAUCAUCCUGAAAUUGAGUGGUUUAAUACAAGUAAUUUUGUACUGCGUACCAUGUUCGGAUUCAAUGUCAACUAUGUUGAUUGGUCCGAUUUUAUAUUACAUUGUUUGGAACUUCCUUAUCCUAAUAUUGAAGAUUUGUUAUAUCUUAAAAGCCAAUAUUUAGAAUUGGAGAAAAAAAGACAAAAAAAUCCAAAUCAAAAUUAUACAGAAGGUACCAUAGAUAAGGAUGAAUUUGAUUCUGUUUUGCUGUGGUAUCAAAAAAUGUUACCACCAAAUCCUUCAAUUUGUUUUCGAUUUAUAAAAAUCAAAGAGUUAUUAUUUAAAACUUUUUCUAUUGAUGGGAAAUUAGACUAUGUUGCAAUGUUACUAGUUCUAUGCAAAGACAACCACUCGAUUAUGGGAUUAAUAAAAGCCAUCAGCUUAAUAAUGAAUCAAAACAUUAUGGUCGAUGAAUUUGAUGAUUUCAACCAAACGAAUGAAAGACAUUCCAUUAAUUUGCCUAUAGAUACAAUAUACAAGAUUUUAAUGAUUUGCCUCAAAAACUUCAAGGAUCCAAACAAUAGUGAUAUCGAAGAUUUGGUAACUUCGAUAUUAAAUGUACACAGUGAUAUGCUUCAACAUAAUGGUGAUACAUUUUCCGUAUUAAAAUUACUUCAGAAUGAUGAACUUAAGUCGGUAUCUGAAAUUGGAUUUAGAUUUAAUUCAAGGCCUUUGUCUAGUAUUGUGAACAGUCUUAAAUGA